AUGCUGUGCCUGUCUGGAGCCAAAGUGCUCAGCUGGUGCUGUCAGGAGAGAUUUUACCGGGGCGAUUACCACAUUGAUGUCUGCAUCAAUGACUACCUGGAUGUUUACUGUCCACACUACAUCAGCCCAAUCUCUGAUGACCGGGCCGAGCGUUACGUCCUCUACAUGGUGAACUACGACGGCUACAGUUCCUGUGACCACACCGCCAAGGGGUUUAAACGUUGGGAGUGCAACAGGCCUCUGUCUCCCAACGGGCCACUGAAGUUCUCUGAGAAGUUUCAGCUCUUCACUCCUUUCUCCCUAGGCUUUGAGUUCCGUCCUGGCAGAGAGUAUUAUUAUAUCUCCUCUAUUACUGACAUCAAAGGGAGGAGGAGCUGCCUUCGACUCAAAAUCUUUGUCAGGCCCCAAAACAAUUGUCUGAAAAACUCAGGACAUGUGCAGGAAGGAGUAGACUUUGAUGAGAACAGCCACAACUCCCUUGAACCCAGAGAUGGCAUCAGUCACGAGUCACCAGAACCAGCAAGAAGGGAUGUGAACUCUGUUGGUCAGCACCAGUUUCCAGUAUUCUUGCUCACCACAGCUCUCAUGUUCCUGGCUGCCAUCUUGGCUUUAUAGCGCCCAGUCACAGAAAUUUCUAUUGCGAUGGACAGCCCUGAUUGGACCACAAGCCGCUCUAUCCUGCAACACCUCCCCUCAAAAGCAGCACUUUAAAAAAAAAAAAAAACGCUGAUUAUCUCUCAUGGUGAAAGGGGAGAACAGGGGACUUCAGCCAAGAAGCCUUUUUUGUUUAUUGACUUUUUAGAAAACACAAACUAGUGUGAUUUCUUGAAUUUUUUGGGUGAGCGCUGAUGGUCCUGAUGUGGAAGCGUCAAUUUUUAUUUGCUUCCGUUCAGAGGAUGCAGAUGUUGCACUGUUUACCUGUAUUGAACACAAGCACACAAACAUAUUUUAGAAGCAUACUCUCACCUACACAAUCAAUUCAUUUCUUAACUUGAACAGUUUAGAAGCACACAUUUACAGAUGUAAAUUGAUUUUGGUGCGUGUGUGCGCUUUUGGAAAUGGUCACGACUUGAAAAGCCACUGAAUCUCACUUCAGCGCGAAAGAUGUGAGAGCCACAUGUCACAAACAGGGUGGCGAAAAGCAAGCAUGAUGUUGCUAGGAGACUGCUGCUAAGACCAUGGGGCUACAGGGUGGGCCAUGUCAACUUAACCUUCUUCUCAGGAUAAAAAGGUUGGAUCUUCACAGACCAUGUCGGACCCUUAUAGAGAGGGGAAAAAAGAUUUAAAGAAGCACUAAUCUUUAGUGUUAGGAAUAGGAGGGAUUUAAUCAUCAAUUAAUGUAUUGUUGUUUUUUUCUAAAUCAAUCACAUAAUUCAAUUGUAGUCGCCAACACGGGUGUACAGGUGAAUAUUUGAAUGAGGCAUAGAAGUCUGUAUGGUUUUUCUCCAGGUAAUGUAUUUUCCUAUUUAUUGUAAAGUCUUUGUGUUUUUUUCUCUUCUGGUUUAGUCUGUCAGUGAAGUAGAAAGGCAAUAAAAGCAAAUACAGCUUACUUCAUAGUAUACACAGUUCAUUUGAUACACAAACUCAUAAUAAAACACAUUUUUUGUGUCUGUUUUGGAAUUUUCACAGAUGAUGGCUUUUGAUUGUUUAUGACAGUCCAAGAUAGAAAAAAUGGUCUGAUGUGCAUCAGGGUGUAGAAAUAGUGUGUUUGUGUUUUUCACUUUGUCAUUAACACAUAUUACAAAUGUAGUUUAAAUGUCACUAUAGUUUUUGUGAAUCACUAUAUACAAAGCUAUUGUAAAUACAAGCACAUUUCCUACAAAGUUCAGGGAUGAGACCAUGAUUACAUUUUAAAAUGUGACUUUUUUUGUCUUUUUUUAGGGAAUAUCAAAAAGCAUCUAAGUGGAGAUAGGAAUUUAUCAGUAUUGUGAUAAAAUUAGAAAGCAGGUGGAGGAGAUGUGUGCCACAUAUCCUAUUUUGAUGCUAGGUAAAGUAGUGUUCAAACAGUAAAUAUGCUAGAGGGAGCCACCUUGAUUUAAAAAAUAAAAAAAUUAAAAAAUCUCGAGUAAAAAACUGACCACCAAGAGACCAGGAGUAGGCAAACUGAACCUUAUACAGUCAAAGAGGGAUAUGAUUGAGGAAGAUGUACUGAAAUAAUCAAAAGAAGCAAGGGUGCACUGAUACCCUACCCUGCUUACAUAAACUAAACUAUGGAGUAUUAGGGCCACUGUUCGGAAAAAUACAAUAAAAGAUAUUUACAGUAGAUAUACCCUGAUAAAAAUUCUAAAGUGAAACAAAUGGAAAGUAGUUCAAGCUAACUUUUUAACAAUUUCCCUCAAGUGACAAACUUUGCAUUCAUUGUAAUUCUAUGUGAAACUUUGAGAUAAUAAAUUAAUGCCAUAACUGUGAAGUUGAGAGGCAAUGACAGGAUCAUGCUUUUUAUUUAACAACAUUAAAUUGACAAACUAGAGUUAAAGUUUAGUUUUUACACUGACCAUUUAAAAAUCCAAUCAUAAAAAAAUGGAUCACCUUGCAGCCUCACCAAAUUAAACAAAAAAACAAUCAGUUAUUUUUGUGGAUACUAUGUAUCCAGUGGUAAGUCUGUUAAAACAAACCAUUUUAUAUUCUCCGUUUAUUUUUUUUCCAAAUUUCUUUGGAAGGGAAAAUCCGCUGACCCAUUAAAGUUCCUGUCAAAAAAACCUUUGAUACAAAAAUAUUUCAGUUAAUUUUGUAUGUCUUUUCUACGUGAGAAAAAUACAGGAUCAGCUUUGCACCCUCUGCCUGUAAACAUGGGCAAAUAUCAAACAUGCACCACUGUCUCGUUACAAUCAUGAACCUACAGGUCGGAAUAAAAAAAAAACAAUGGAUGUUGACAAUACUGAAAAUCUUUGCUUUGAAACUUUCAUCCACUGUGAUUAUGCAUCCAUUAUAUCUUAGUUCUCUGUUUGUGGCACUAAUAACAUUAAAGUGUUUCCAAGCCACCACAGAGACAGAGACUUCUAUUGGUUUAAUCGUGUGUUAGUUGCAGUGGCAUUAUUUUGUUUUUCAUAUCAAAAUGAUGAUGUUUCAUGUGCUGUUCAACAAACUGUGUUGGAUAUUGUGUUUGGAGGACUUCUUCAUCACCUGAUUGUCUUUUUUUUUGUGCAUCUAGCGGUGGGAAUCUUUGUUGCUUUAACAACUACUACCCCCAUCCCCAACAAGGAAAUGCCACAAAACUGCACAAUUUUUUUAACAUUGUAGUGACUGUGUCAUGUGCUAUAUGAGUUCUAUUCUCCCUGUUACUUAACAACGAUAUUCUAAUGUCAUUUUCCUGUUCAGUCUCUCACUAGACUUUUCUACAAAAAGGCCAUGUCUGUAAAUACACGUGUUGGAGCAGCUAUGACUGAACUAAAAGAAACAAAAGAAGGAAAAAAGAUUUAAUAAAUGUUUCUUUGUCGUU